AUGUCUCGGGAGAAUGACACUUGGAAAAAAGAGACCCUGGGGGAUGAACUUGCUGCUCUACGGCUUCAGAAGCUGGAACAGCAGUGGCGACUGUUUGAGAAGAAGCAACGACGGAAACGCCAGGAGCCCCUCAUGGUUCAGGCCAAUCCUGAUGCUUCCAUGCGGCACUGGCGUCUGCAGCGUCGAGAGGAGCACUUCCUGAGUGACACCGGCAUUGGGAACCCUUUUCUCCAAGAGAAUGUGCCAGAGGCCCAUCUGCGUUUGGGUGCCCACAGUGCCCCAGUUACCAUGAACUGUGGUGGAGAUGGCAUCGGCGAGCACAGGCCCCUGGUGUCACUGACAGAAGCAGACAGUUCCGAUCCAGAGCUGGAGGAAGUCUUCGUGGAAGAUUUUCCUGAAUCCCUUCCAUCCUAUAGAGAAAGGCUUCUGGGAACUUGUCGCAGGGGUUGGCUAGCCCCACGACGGCCUGGGGCCAGUUCAGAAGACCAGAAUGAACUCCAGGAUGUCCAAGAUGAAUAUGGGGCACCCAAUCUGGCACAAACCCCUGGAAUGGAUAGUGACGGGGGACAUGGAGGCUUGGCAUUCUUCAAGGGAGAAGACCUGGAAGAAAAGCAAAAGGAGUUGGAGUCUGCAGGGGCGAGCUCCGCAGCUGCCGCCAAGGAGGAGUCCGCGGUCCCGGAAAGCGUGGGCUGUACAGCCAGCUGCUUCGUGGAGGGCGGGGCUGGCUUGCUACCCCGUACCCCAGGCCCUCCUGGCCUUCUGCUGGGAGAAGACUUGGAGACCUACGUCCUGCGGCCAGCGCAGCGGGGCCACAUGGUGCAAUGUUGCAUCAGCCGGGACAAGCAUGGCGUAGACAAGGGCUUGUUCCCCAUCUACUUCCUCUACCUGGAGGUAGAGGACGGCCGGAAGCACUUCCUCCUGGCUGGGCGAAAAAGAAAAAGGAGCAAAACUUCUAAUUAUCUAAUUUCCCUGGACCCCGAAGAUCUGUCUCGGGAUGGGGACAGCUUUGUUGGCAAAGUCAGAUCUAAUACAUUGGGCACCAAGUUCAUCAUCUUUGACAAUGGGACAAGUCCCGACCGGAAGCAUUUGGUACCAGACACUGACCGGCUCAGAGAGGAGCUGGGAGUUGUAUAUUAUGAGACUAAUGUUUUGGGAUUCCGGGGGCCUCGGAAAAUGACUGUGAUCAUCCCAGGAACCGACAGCCAGGGCCAAAGAAUCAGCAUCCAGCCACAAAAAGAACAAGAGUCGCUAAUGAAUCGCCUCCAACGGGGGUCCGGCCAGGGGCUGGUCCUGCUGCAAAACAAAGCCCCAUCCUGGAGCGAUGAGAGCGGCGCCUACGUGCUCAAUUUCCACGGUCGAGUCACCCGGGCUUCUGUCAAGAACUUCCAGAUCGUGCACCCUGAAGACCCGGACUACCUGGUUCUUCAAUUUGGCCGCGUGGCCCCAGAUAUGUUCACUAUGGACUUCCGGUUCCCGCUUUGUCCGCUCCAAGCCUUCGCUAUCUGCUUGUCCAGUUUCGAUGGGAAGCUGGCAUGUGAGUAAC